AUGGGCUCCGCCAGCGUCGAGGAGCUCGACGUCAUCAUUGUGGGCGCCGGCCUGUCUGGCCUCAACUCGGCCUACCUGCUCAAGAAGCAAAUCCCCGACGCCAAAUUCGCCAUCCUCGAAGGACGCAACAUCAUCGGCGGCACAUGGGCCUUUUGGAAGUACCCUGGCGCCCGUUCCGACUCGUCGGCGACUGUCUUUCGCUUCGCAUGGCACCCGUGGCCGCAUGACUUGAACUUCCCGGACGCGCCCCUCGUGCAGGCCUACGCCGAGGACGCCGCCAAGGUGCACGGCCUCGACAAGCACAUCCGCUUCAACAACAAGGUCGGCGACCGGCGGUGGUCGACCGCGGAGCAGAUGUGGACCGUGGACGUGACGGACGCCGAGACGGGUGCGCAGCUGCCGCCGAUCCGCGCGCGGUGGCUGGUCAACUGCAGCGGGUACUACAGCUACGAAGAAGCCCAGAAAGUCGAGAUCCCGGGCAUCAAGCAGUUCCGGGGCGAGGUCGUGCACCCGCAGUUCUGGAGCAGCGACAUCGACAUGAAGGGCAAGAACGUCGUCAUCAUCGGGUCGGGCGCCACCGCCAUCACCAUGCUGCCCCACGUGAGCAAAGUGGCCAAGCACACGACCAUGCUCCAGCGCAGUCCGUCGUACGUGAUGGCGCUGCCCCGCAAGGACAAGAUGACGCACCUGCUGCAGCGGCUCCUGCCGCGCCGCCUCGCCGACUGGAUCGACUGGUACCGCCAGAUGUUCCUGGAGUCGGUGUUUGUGUGGUGGCUGCAGACCUUCCCGGGUGCCGGCCGCUGCUUGCUGCGCGCAUUGACGAAGCGGCGCCUGCCCAGCGACCUGGACGUCGAUGUGCACUUCAAGCCGGCCUACAACCCCUUUGAGCAGCGUCUGUGCCUGUGCCCCGACGCCGACUUCUUCAAGGCGCUGCAGAACGACCCCUGCACCAUCGUCACAGACCACAUUGACACGGUGACGCCGACGGGGAUCCGCCUCAAGGGGUCGGGGGACGAAAUCCCGGCCGACAUGAUCAUCACGGCCACGGGCCUGUACGUGCAGCUGAUGAACGGCCGCAUUCCCCUCGUGGACGGCAAGCCCAUCCGCGUCACCGAUCUCUACGGCUGGCGCUCGUGCAUGAUCGAGGGCGCGCCCAACCUGUGCUUCAUCAUUGGCUACACGACGGGCACCUGGACGCCCGGCGCCGACGCCCACUUCCGGACGGUGCUGUCCGUCAUGAAGGAGAUGCGCAAGCGCGGCGCCACGUCGGCCACGCCGACCAUCGACCCGGCCGUCCGCAAGACGAUGCCGAAACUGCCGGCCGUGCCCGUCACCUCGGGCUACCUGGUGAACGCGCGCGACCGGCUGCCCAUGUCGUCGGGCCGGUACCCGUGGUCGACGGGCCUGACAUACGCUGCCGAUGCAUGGCACAACCUGACGGGCAACGCGCACGACGGCAUGGUGUACACGGUACCGAACAAGAAGCGGCUAUGA